CGAGCAACCGACGGGUCGGGCAGAGCUGUCAAAUCGCAAAACUAAAUCAAAUAAUUUAUAAACUUUAAUAUUCUAAAUUAUUCACUUACUCCUUUACCUUUUACUAUAUUUCUUAUUGUGCACGUGAAUUUAUUGAAUCUUUUCUAAUUUAUUUAUUGUUAUCUAAUCCACUGGACUUUGCGUAUGAAAUACGGUGAACAAAUUGCGGAAAAAUGCGCGAAAAAUCCUGAAAUUUUCCAUCCCUUACUUAAAAUGAACUGCUACGUUAUCGGGAUACCCUGUGGCUGUUUCUGAACCUACUAUGAACGUGUGUAAUGUGUUUCUGUACGGAUACAGAGCGGUGUUCAUUUAAUAUUUAGUGUUUUCGUAAGGACGUUACCCAGGGCGUAACCUUCGCAGUGUAAGGUGUGAUACGUUCGGAAGUCGGGCAGUGGGCCCGGGAUGUUUGUCGCCGGCGUCUGAUGCGAUGAAAUCUGACUCAGUGUCGAUCAUGGCUGAAGACGAAGUGCUUUUCGACGAUGUUUACGAACUGUGCGAGAUUAUCGGCAAGGGUCCAUUCAGCUUGGUCCGUCGGUGCGUGCACCGGCAGACGGGCCAGCAGUUUGCCGUGAAAAUCGUGGAUGUGGCCCGCUUCACCGCCAGCCCCGGACUUAGCACUGCAGACCUGAAGCGGGAGGCCACAAUAUGCCACAUGCUGAAACACCCUCACAUUGUGGAACUGCUCGAGACCUACAGCUCCGAGGGCAUGCUCUACAUGGUGUUCGAAUACAUGGAUGGCUCGGACCUGUGCUUCGAGGUAGUGCGGCGCGCCACGGCCGGCUUCGUCUACAGCGAAGCCGUCGCCUGUCACUACAUGCGUCAGAUCCUCGAAGCUCUGCGCUACUGUCACGAGAACGACAUACCAUCUCUAUUCCCAUUCUCCCAUUCCAGUCACUACAUGCGCCAGAUCCUAGAGGCUCUUCGCUACUGUCACGAGAACGACAUCGUUCAUCUUGACUUUCGUCCCCACUGCGUCACUAAAAAAGACAAAUGUCAUCCUUUUGUUAUUUGCAAUAACCCCACUCUCCAUGAUUCAUAUCCUUAA